UUUAUGUCCGAGGAGGGAGAAAUAAAAAGGGAAGAAGAAACAGAGUGAGAGAAAUAAAAAGGGAAGAAAAAAAAUGCAGCAACAUCUCAUGCAGAUGCAACCAAUGAUGGCAGCAGGCUAUAAUCCUAACAACGUCACAACGGAUCACAUCCAACAGUAUCUGGAUGAGAACAAAUCUUUGAUUCUAAAGAUUCUUGAGAACCAGAACACUGGGAAAGUGAGCGAAUGUGCAGAGAACCAAGCGAGGCUUCAACGGAAUCUGAUGUAUCUGGCUGCUAUUGCUGAUUCUCAACCCCAACAACCCACCAUGCAUGCUCAGUUUCCUAAUGCGGUUCAGCAGGGUGCACACUACCUGCAACACCAACAAGCUCAAGCAAUGACACCGCAGUCAUUAAUGGCAGCACGUUCCUCAAUGUUGUAUGGUCAGCAGCCAAUAUCUGCAAUGCAACAACAGCAAGCUAUGGAUAGUCAACUCGGUAUGAAUUCUGGUGUUAACAGCAAUGGGCUACACAUGAUGCAUGGUGAAGGAGGCAUGGGAGGGGGAAAUGGGUCAAUGGGUGGUGGGUUUCCUGAUUUUGGCCGUAGCAAUGCCGGUGAAGGUUUGCAGAGCAGGGGGGUUACAAUUGCGAGCAAACAUGAAGUUGGUAAUGCAGGUUCUAACGAAGGGCGUGGUGGUCAUUCAGGAGGCCAUGGUGAAGCCGGUGAACAGAUGUACUUGAAAGGCGGAGACGAAGAGGGUAAUUAGUAGAUCAUAUGAUGGUAACUAUCAAAAAUUAACAUUAGACAAGUUUUUUGGAGUUUGAAACAAGUCUUUGGUAGUGACUUGAUGUUAGUUAGGGUAAAAAAAUGAAGUUGCUGAUCUUUUGGUAGUGAGAUUUACAGAGAGAACUGUUUCUAGCGUCUUGGACAUGCUAUCAUGCGUUAAUGUAACCUGUAAAUCGUGAUCUGCACAUGCUGAAUGAAUUUCACUAUAUAUAUGCUUU